AUGGCCGGCAGCCGGCGCUUGUGGAAAGCACAGAAACAUAAAGGCAAAGAGAGACCCACAAGUUAUCGUUGUGAUCACUGCAAGAAAAUCUUCACCACUUCAUCAGGUCUGAGAAAACAUAAGAUGAUUCACACUGGAGAUAAACCGUUUAGGUGUGAUCAGUGUGGAACAGCUUUUACCACAUCAGGUAAUCUAAAGAUUCACCAACGUAUUCACACUGGAGAUAAACUGUUUAGGUGUGAUCAGUGUGGAGCAGCUUUUACCCAACAAGGUAGUCUAAUGACUCACCAACGUGUUCACACUGGAGAUAAACCGUUCACUUGUGAUCAGUGUGGAGCAGCUUUUAGCACAUCAGGUAAUCUAAAGAUUCACCAACGUAUUCACACUGGAGAUAAACCGUUUAGGUGUGAUCAGUGUGGAGCAGCUUUUACCAGACAAGAUCAUCUAAGGACUCACCAACGUAUUCACACUGGAGAUAAACCGUUUCGGUGUGAUCAGUGUGGAGCAGCUUUUACCACAUCAGGUAGUUUAAUGACUCACCAACGUGUUCACACUGGAGAAAAACCGUUUAGGUGUGAUCAGUGUGGAGCAGCUUUUAUCACUAAAAGUAAAUUAAAGAUUCACCAACGUAUUCACACUGGAGAAAAACCGUUUAGGUGUGAUCAGUGUGGAACAGCUUUUACCACAUCAGGUAAUCUAAGGACUCACCAACGUAUUCACACUGGAGAAAAACCGUUCAGAUGUGAACAGUGUGAGGCAGCUUUUACCAGAUCAAGUGAUCUAAAGACUCACCAAAGUAUUCACACUGGAGAUAAACCGUUUAGGUGUGAUCAGUGUGGAGCAGCUUUUAGCACAUCAGGUAAUCUAAAGAUUCACCAACGUAUUCACACUGGAGAUAAACUGUUUAGGUGUGAUCAGUGUGGAGCAGCUUUUACCCAACAAGGUAGUCUAAUGACUCACCAACGUGUUCACACUGGAGAUAAACCGUUCACUUGUGAUCAGUGUGGAGCAGCUUUUAGCACAUCAGGUAAUCUAAAGAUUCACCAACGUAUUCACACUGGAGAUAAACCGUUUAGGUGUGAUCAGUGUGGAGCAGCUUUUACCCAACAAGGCAAUCUAAGGGCUCACCAACGUAUUCACACUGGAGAUAAACCGUUCAGAUGUGAUCAGUGUGAGGCAGCUUUUACCACAUCAAGUCAGCUAAAGAAGCACCAACGUACUCACACGAGUGAUAAACUCUAAAGAUGUGAUCAGUUUGAAGUGUGGAAUUGCAAAAAACACCUCAGCACAGCAAAAGAAGCUAAAUAAUCAGACAUCAUUCCAAAACUUGAAAGACUAACAUAUGAUGCCCCCUGGACACCUCCUGGGAAGGUGUUCCUGGCAUGUCCCACCAGGAGAAGAGUCAGGACACACCG